CGCGCGCUUGGAACAAUAGUUUUCCGUGGUGUGUGUGUAUGUGUGUGUGUGUGUGCGCCUCGGUCAUUUGCGGUGUUCGCACCCCCCGCGCUCUCGCGCUCUCCUUUCUCCGCGGGGGAACGGUCGGUCGGUCCGUUUCUUCUUCCCGUAUGGACGACACAUAAGUGCGUGCGCGAGUGUGCAUGCGUGUGCGAGUGUGUGUGUGUGUGUGUGUGUGCUCGCGUACUGUCGCGCUUUUAAACGGGGAAACGAAAAGAGGACAGUGAGCUGCCGCUGGGAAUAAAGGACCAGCUUUGCCGACGGCGCUAUUAUCCCCCUUGCAAGAAGAACACACAAGCCCAGCGACGAGAGGGCGCAACCAGCGCCGACGACACCUCGAGCUGAGUGAGCCAGAGCGAGAAGGAAAGAGUGAGAAAGUGUGAGUGUGAGUGCAAAGAAGACAAGCGCGACGGAGAGUGCGACAGAACGGGGAGCGAGAGAGAGUGUGUGUGCGAGUGAAAGAGAGCGAGCGAUGCGUUGCAAUAAUACACGGGUGCGGAUCAAGAUGGAAGAUUGUUUGUGCAAUUGAAGCACCACACACCACCAACAGCAGCAGCAGCAGCAGCAGCCGUUUACCCGUGUGUGCAUGUGUGCGUACACGAGUGUCGCUGCGCGCGUGUGUGUGUGUGCGUGUGUUGCGGUGCGUUUGACAUCGAACAAAAAAAGUGCAUCGAAAAAUCGCAGCAGCAUCUUCACAUUUCACUGAAAACGCAGCAGCAGUAGCAGCAGCAGCACCUCUUCCCCCCCGUGUGUGUGUGUGUGUUUGCGGGCGGUUUUUGGUGGUGGGAAGGGAGUGUGUGUGUGUGUGAAAAUAAAGGUGGAAAAGUGUGGUGUUUCGGUGGUCGGAAAACGUCGGAAAAGAGACGGCCCGCGGGUGUGAAAAACGCUCUCGCUCGCGGAAACGACCGUACCUUGUCGAAGGGGGAGGCCUCGUAUGUGCACACGCACAGCCCGCGAGCCGCCGCCAUCAUUGCGCCCACCCUUCUCAAGCAAAAAAGGGCCACAUACCGUGUGUGUGUGUGUGUGCGCGCACGAGUGUAAUUGUGUGUCGCGAAGUGUGUGCUAGCGGUAGCAGCAGCAGUUGGAAUCGGCGGCAUAUGGCAGCCAUCAAUCCGCCGUAUUGAUUGUACGCACAGGAUAAUCACACAUACACACACAGAGACACCGCGGUUUUCGAUCGGUACCCGUCGAUUCCGUGCCGUGCGCCAGCCAGCCAACCAACCAAAAACCCCAGCACACGGCCCCGGCACGACAACGAUGGCAUAAUGCAUCCCGAGGAGCUGAAAUCGAAAGCAUUCGUACUGGAACCUCAGCAGGACAGCAGUGGCUUUGUCGGUACGGGACAAGUGCCACCGCAGUAUCUCAACCACCAGCAGCAGCAGCUGUUCCAGCAGCAGCAGCAGCAGCAGGCGGUUUUUCAGGAGCAGCAGCACCUUCUGCCACAGUACCACCAACAGCAGCAGCAGCAGCAGCAACAGCAGCAACAGCAGCACUACCAUCAUCAACAGCAGCAGCAGCAGCAGUAUCAACAGCAGCAACAGCAGCAGCAACAUUUCACCCGCCAGACUGCCACCUCCUGCAUGCAGGACAAGUACAGCGCUGGCAGCACACUACGCGGACAGCUGCCGAUGGAAUGGGGCGACAGCCUGGCAACGGAGCGCGUCAUUGCCGGAGGGGGCGGGACCGUCGUCACCACCGUCGGCUCGCCGAUGACGCCCGGGCUCGGCGGGCACCAUCACCAUCAGGGGGCGGCGGACGUCGGCGUCACCUUCGUCACGCACGGCGGGUACGGCAAUGAGGCGGGCCAGCGGCGCAUGAUAGCGACGGCCGGCGUGGCACAGUAUGCCGCCGGCCGUGUGGUGGACGGGUCGGCGGGCGGCUCCGGCGCCGGGUACUUCCACGAUCAGCUGGCCGCCCACGGCCAGUCCGUGGUGGGCACCGCGAUGGGCCACUUUGUCGCGGUGGAGGCGACGGGCGGGGGCGCUUACGCAACGGGCGGCAUUGGGGGCGGCGGCGGUCGGACGGUCGGCCCGAUGGUGGCCAGCCCGAACGCGGCCUCCCCCCCGGGUGUACCCGGCAUGGGCGGGGGCAAUGCGUACGGCCAUGCGGCCGGUACACCGACCCACGUGGCGUCCUAUCUGCAGCAGCAGGGGUCGCCCAGCGGCAUGCAGCGGCUGAGCGAUAUGGGCGCCAUGCAAACGACCGUCGUGGUGACAGCCAGCUCGCUCGUUGCCCAGCAGCAGCAGCAGCAGCAGCAACAGAUGGUACCGGAGCAUCGGCGGGCUCAGCAGCAGCAGCAGCAGCAGCUUCCCCAGAUGCAUUCCGACUUUUCGUCCGGCGCUUCCAGAUCGCCGUUCUCGGCGGCCGUCUCGCUACCGUCGUCCAGCCCGUGCCUGGUCGAUGCGUCCGCCGUCGGUGGACAGAUAGUGGCCUCCUGCUCGAAACCCUCCGAGAUGGUGCUGAACAAUGAGGCGCUCAAGGUGGCCAACCAGAUGCCGGUCAUUACCCAGCAGCAGCAGCAGCCGAGGGCAACGCAGAUGUACGGGCUGCAAGGGUCGGGACCGAUGGAGGUGUCGCUCGAGUCGGAGUUUAGCUUCCCGGGUGUCGACCAAAGCGACAAUGUCCAGCAGCAACAGCAGCAACAACAGCAACAACAAUCUCUCUCCCUUACCCUCAGCGGCAACGGUGGCCAAGCACCCGUCGCCCGAUCGGAACCGCCAAACGAACGCAUCACACGCUCGUCCACCGCGAACAAUCGGGCCGCGGCCCGGCUAGCCGCCAACGAAGGUUCCGGCGAUGGGGAAGCCGCCCUCGAGGAGGGCCUUCCGUCCGAUUCGCUCACCAGCAACGACCUGCACUCGGUGUUGGACGGGAAGUUGCUGGCGGACACGAAGCCAAACAUCAACAGCAUGCUGUCCCAGGGUGGCGAUGGCCAGCAGCAGCAGCAGCAGCAGCAGCAGCAGCAGCAGUUGACCCCGGCGAUGGUGCUGCCCCAGUCCGACCAGCCCCGCAAGCGCUCCGUCAAGCACGUGCGCUUUGUCGAGCCGAACGAGGAGAACUCGUACGACGGGAUGCGGCAGACGCGCGGCAACGUCGUGUCGCCUCAUCCGCUCGGGCUGGGCCAGCGCACCGACGACAACGAGCAGGACGAGGAAGAGGACGACGAGGAGGAGGACGAGGAGGAGGACGAGGAGGGCGGGGAGGAAGAGGAGGAGGAGGAGGACGAUAUGGAUGGGCUGUCGCUGAUGCAGAACCUGCCGCCGGUGGAGAGUUUGCUGGUCGAGAUGGACGAACCGCUCGAGGAGGAGAACGACGACGAGGAGGUGGAGAUGGAGGACGACGACGACAAUGGGAGCCGGCGCCGCCUGUCCGGAAGGCGGGGGCGGCGCGGUGGCCACCACCUGUCCGGGCUGCAUCGCCCGGGCCGGCCGCCCAAGCACAGCGAGUCGAUUGAGCUCGAGCUGGAACCGCUGCUGCCGGAAAUCGAGAUGAGCGAGGGUGGCGGCGGCGGCCUGGGCGGGGCCAGCGGUACGGGCGACGAGAAGGGCGACGAGCAGCAGCGGAUCCCGCCGGUGGCGCACGUGUGCCGCGUCUGCCUGUGCGACGAGAAGCCGGCCGGCGAGGACGGCGAGGUGCGCCCGAUGGAGUCGCUCUACUGCACGGUCGUGCCGGAGUACCAGUCGCGCAGCCUGUACUCGAUCCUGGUCGCCGUCUGCCACCCGCUACAUCUCGGCAGCAACGCCGGCAUGCCGGACCGGAUAUGCGCCCCGUGCAAGACGAAGCUGCUGGCCGCGUACGAGCUGUACGACAUGUGCCUGCGCAACGACGAGAUGCUGCGCCGCAAGUACCAGGAGAAGCUGCUGCUCGCGUCCAGUGCGGCCGGCGGCGGGGGCGAGAUGCGCCGCAUCAAGAAGGAAAAGCUGGACAACAACGGUGUCGAUGCGCUCGGGGGGGACCACGACGACGAGGAUGACUACUACCGUGGCGGCAUGCCGAAGCGUGGCUCGAUGCGCGUGAACGAUCACGACGACACAUAUCUGUACGACCGGCAGUACCCGUUGCAUUCGGCCAGCGCCGUCGCGGGCAGAAACUCCACCAUCGCGGCCUUGCAGUCCCGCUUCCAGCACCAGCAGCAGCCAUCGCACGGAAGAUGGGGCAAAUAUCAGCGCCACCAGUCGCAGCUGCACCAGGUGGCGAACGGGCCGGAAGCGCUGCGCCAGCUGCACGACGGACGGAUGAAGCAGUCCGCCGCGGGCGGCGCCGCCCGUUCGGCCGCCAACUACGACUACAACGCAUUCCACCGCGUGCUGCCGAACGGUAGCCACCAGUGCACCAAGUGUAUGCGCGAGUUCAAGUACCACAGCUACUACAAGAACCACUACAUCAGCCAGCACGAUCCGAGCAAGCCGUUCAAGUGCCGCAAGUGCCACUACACCUUCCUGACCGAGCGGUGGCUGAUCGUGCACAUGCGCACGCACAUUGCGGCGGGCGAUCUGAUGCCGCUGGCCGGUGGCCCGGCGGCGGCGGCGGCGACCCAGGGCGCGGCCGAUGCCGGUGCGGUCGAUUCGUUCGACUCGUCGCUGGACGGCAGCGUGGAGCGGAGGAAGGGGGCGCGCGGCUUCGACUGCUACUACUGCGACAUGACGUUCCCGGCGAUCGCGCUGCAGAAGCGCCACAUGCUGUCGGUACACGCGGACAAGCAUCGCGGGCUGGAGUGCCCGAUCUGUCAGUGCCGGUUCGCGAACCAGUCCAGCUUCCUGAUCCACCUGAAGGAGCACAAGGAGCAGAAGCGAUUGCGCAACAGCAGCGGCGGCAAGCAGGAGGAGAGCGGCGGCAAGGGAGAGGACGCUGCGGCCGGUAGUGCGGCGGUGAAGCGCGAGUACGGCUGCUCCGUCUGUGCGGUGACGUUUGCGCGCGAGGUGCUGCUGAACGAGCACCUGCACGAGCAGCAUCCGGACGCGUUUUUGGCGCAAAACAGCGACGUGGCGUACAUGUGUGGCGUCUGUUUGGCCGAGUUUAGCGACCGGGCCGCCCUGGAGGGUCACACGAGCAGCACGCACACGGAGGCGGAGCUGGCGGAGGCGGCGGCAGCAGCGGCAAAGGAAAAGGUGCAGCCGCCGGCGGCCGAAAGCGAGAGCACCGGCUCGCAGCAGGGCGAUGUUAAGAAGGAAGGAGAGCAGGAAGGGGAGGAAGAGGAGGAGGAGGAGGAAGCGGACGAUGAGCAAAACGAGCAAAACAACGCUGAUGAUGGUGUGAAGCAACAACAGCAGCAGCAGCAGCAGGAGGAAGCGGCGGGCGAGGAGGAAACCAAAGGAGCGGAAAAACCACCGGAGGGCUGCUCGCUGGUGUACAAGUGCAAGCUGUGCCAGUCGCGCUUCGUGACAAAACAGUCGCUGGCCACGCAUCUGGAGACGCACGUGGCGGCGAUGAAGCGCGCCGCCAGCAAGCGGCCGUACAGUGAAACGGGUGACGGCGAGGGCGGCGACGGUGCGGAGGGUGCUGGUGGUGCCGACGAGGACGACUACAGUGGCGAGGAAGACGACGAGGAGGAGGAGUACGGUGGGUCGCAGAACGCGGGCGGAGAGAAGCGCCCCAAACGCGCCAAGCCGCAGGCGGCCGAGGAGGACGACGACACGACGACCGAGGAGAUGCCGAUCGAUCCGGACGAGAUCUCGUUCAAUCCGGACACGGGCGAGCAGAUGUUCACGUGCCAGGUGUGCGGCAAGGUGAUCAACACGGUGUCGCAGUUCCGCCGGCACAAGCGCGUCCAUUCGCCCAAGGGCCGGCCGUUCGAGUGCCACAUCUGCUUCUACCGGUUCGCGAUGAAGUACAGCUACACGGCGCACAUGCUGCGGCACGAGCUGGGCUGCAAUCCGACCCAGCCGACCACGUACCGCUGCACCAAGUGCUCGGAAACGUUCACGCGCCGCAAGCUGCUCAGCCAGCACAUGGCGGCCAUGCACGGGCGCUGGUCGGACGGGGGCAGCCCGAUGUACGGGUCGCCGGGCCAGCCCGGGUCGACCAGCGGCCGCGGCACGCACACCUGCCCGAUCUGCUCGGAGUCGUUCACGCGCGAGAGCGUGCUGAACGGGCACAUGAAGACGCACAAUCUGGAGGCGGCGCAGCUGCAACACUCCGAGGUGUGCUACCUGUGCCGCGUCUGCAGCAACGAGUACGAAUCGCGCGAACUGUACGAGGCGCACGCGGCCGAAGCCCACCCGGGCAUGAAGAUGGAGAUGGUGGAGGCGGGCGUGUCGGCGGACGUGCUGCAGAAGCUGGGCAAUGUGCUGGAUGCGGCUGCGGCUGCAGCUACUGCGUCACAGGACGGCGACGGCAACGCUGCGGUCAAGACCGAAGAGAAGCGUGACAAUGGCGCCGAGGGCGAGGAGGAGGAGCGUGUCGUGGCUGGCGGGGACGGCGGGGAGGAGGAGAACGGGGAGCAGAAAAGUGCGGCCAGCGCCGUCGGCGGGGGCUUUACGCUCAUCUUCAAGUGUAAGCUGUGCUCGGGCCGCUUCCUCAAGAAGAAAACGCUCGACUGGCAUCUGCAGACGCACCGGUCGAUCGCGAAACAGGGCGACGGUGUGGCGAUACUGCCCGAUCUGGGACCGGACGCGAUCGGCGACCAACCCAAGAUGAGCAAGUGUACGGUGUGUGGACAGAUCUUCGACAAUGAGCUGCUCUUCCACGAGCAUAUGCGCACCCAUCAGCGUGGUCCGCGCCCGGGCGUCCACCUGGGAUACGGAGGGAUGGCGCAGCAGCCGCCAACGAGGCGCCGGCGAACCGGCGGCCGCAGCCUGAUCCAGUGCGAUCUGUGCAAAAAGACGUUCAUGUACCGCAGCCAGCUGCACCAGCACACGAUGCUGCACCAUCAGCCGGGCAAGCCGUACGAGUGCAAGAUCUGCCACUACAGCUUCGUGCACAAGCUGAACCUGAAGCGCCACGAGCUGACGCAUCUGCGCGAACCGCCCCGUCAGCUGCUCGACCAGCAGCAGCAGCAGCAGGACGCGGAUCAGGACGAUCAGCUGGACAACUCGCACCUGCUGCAGCCGCUCGUGCUGAUGGCCGGCGGCACGGAAGAGGAAGCGACGAACGGUCGGGGACGUGGUGGUGGUGCCGCCGGAACCGCCCAAGACGAUGGUGGCGACGGCGAUCAGUCCGGCUCGGCAAUGGAUGGCUCGAGCGCGGCCGACGACGGUACGACGGGCGGCAGCGGGCGGUCCUGGACGGCGAAGAAGUUCAAGUGCGUCGUGUGCGCGCUGGUGUUUAACCGGCAGAACGAGCUGGUGGUGCAUCUGCAGACCCACAUCGAGCGCAUCAACGAGGUGAAGAACCGUACGGCGGCGGCGGUCGCUUCGGCGGCGGACGCCGGCAUCGCGCCGACCGAUCGGCAGUGCAAGCUGUGCCACAAGGUGUUCAAGUUCAGCUGCCAGCUGAAGCAGCACCAUCUGCUGCACCACGCGCGGGAGAAACCGUUCGAGUGCCGCACCUGCCACUAUCGGUUCGAGUUCAAGGGCCACCUGGUGCGGCACCGGGCCAACCACCAUCCGAACGAGGCGAAGGAGGACCAGGACUUCCCGAGCCCGUACCUUACGUCCACCCCGCUGCGGGGUGCGCGCGGUGGCGGCUAUGGGGGCGAGGCCAGCAGCAGCAGCCAGGGCAGCGGCAGCGUGCCAAAGUACGGCGGCAUGGUGACGGACGACGUGAUUAUCGCGCCGACCACGUCCUCGCCCCGGUCGGAGAGUGGGUCGGCCCACCAGUGCCCGAUGUGCUCACUCAAGUUCAUCAAGGCGCGUUCGCUGGCCAUGCACAUGCGGAUACAUCUCGGCGGGCGGAAACUGCGCCGCGUCAUACCGGCCUCGACGGCGGCCCCGUCUCCGCCGGGUGAGGCGCAGCCCGGCACGCCGACGACGGGGGCGGACAAGCUGGUGUGCCGGUUCUGCGCCGGCACGUUCCCGACGGCGCACGAGCUGAAGACGCACAUGAUGACGCACAUCGGCAGCGAGGCGAUGGAUCUGGAGGUGCCGUUCGGUAUCAGCGCGUUCAAUCUGCUGCACGAGAAUAUGUUCAACGAUUCGAUGGGCGGCGAGGGUGGCUCGUCGGCCGGGGCGCUCGGCGGCGAAGAUCACAGCAGUAUGGGCGGCGAGGGUGGCAGCAACAGCCGGGCGGAGGGUGGCAGCACGGACGGCGACUAUCAGCAGGACGAUGGCGAGGACGGUAGCGGCGGUGAUCCACUGUUCGACGGCUCCAAUCUGGAGCUCGUGCUGGAGGAUAACAUUCUCGAUAAAGAUUUUGGCAUGCGAUAUCAGCAGCAACAACAGCAGCAGCAACAGCAACAGCAAAAGCGCCGCUCUGGCAAGUCGGGUCAGAACAAUGGUGACGGUGGCGAUGAUGCCGGCGAAGAGGAGGAAGACGAUGACGAGGAAAACGAGGACGACGUGACGGACACGAACGAUGGGGACGGUGGCGCUGGCGAGGACGACGAGGAGGAGGACGAGGGCGAACAGUCGUCCGCGUCGACGAUGGCCAGCUUCCAGCGGCACAUGAACCUGAUGGCGACGCACCGGUCGCGGCUCGCGGCCACGGCCGCCCUGUCCGCCCGACUGCAGGCGACCCCCUCCGCUUCCUCCUCGUCGCAGUCGUCCUCAUCGGCGAAGGGCAAGAUUGUCUGCGAGCUGUGCAAGAAGGAGUUCCUCUACCCGUGCAAUCUCAACCAGCACAAGCAGCUGCACCAUUCGAAGGAGAAGCCGCACGAGUGCCGCAUCUGCCACUAUCGCUUCGAGUACGUCGGCCACCUGCAGCGGCACAUCCGGCAGCAGCACGAAAAGAUGGCGGAGGAGCUGCUGGCGCCGGCGGAACCGCAAACGUUCGAUUGCAACUUUUGCGGCGAAUCGUUCGACUCGAAACCUCUGCUAACGUCACACGUGCACACGUUGCACCGAGGCGAGAAGCCGUUCCAGUGUGACAAGUGUCCGGCUACGUUUAGCUAUAAGAAAUCUUACGAAACUCACCGAGAGGAACAUUACUUGAAAGCCAGUAAUGGAGCCUUCAAGUGCAGCUUCUGCAAGAAAACUUUCAACAGCGCACAAAAAGUAGACAACCAUGUUUGCAUUCAAUAGUGAAACCGGAAUAUAGAACACCACUCUACAAAGUAAUAUAAUAUAUAUACUGAAGCAAUGCUAACAAUUUACGCUAAAAAACAAACAAACAAAAACCGCCGAUCGUUUGGUGGGAGAUAGCGGCAGAACGAGCGGUGGUGGCUAAAACAAUACAAAUUAUAGCAGCUAUAAUGUAUCUUUUUACAACACACACACACACACACUCACACAUACUCAACACAUAUGCGCCGAAGCUCGUGUAAGUUUAGUCGAUAGGGAAGAAAAGUGAAACAAAAAAGAAAAGUAUUGUAUAAGCAAAAUCAAGAUAGAAAUUAUAUACAUAUACAUAUAUACAUAUACAUAUAUAUAAAUAUAUAUACAUAUACAUAUAGUAGAAAAGCAGAGGAAACAAACAAAACAUACAGUAAUAACAUUUGCAGGAAUAUAAAUCGCCUAUAAACUGUCAUAUGGGAAACGAGACACACCGUGUAGAGGAGAGCGAGCGAGCGAGCGAGAGAGACAGAGAGCAUGUAGUUUGUAAGAGAAACAAAUCAAAACAACAGACAUAAAGAAAAAAAGAACAUGUACGUGUAUCAAGCAACAAAACAAAACACUCAGAUGUAGAAAAAAAACGAAACGAAAACAACAAUGAAGCAAGAAAGCGUGCGUAAAUAGAACGAGGCCCAGUAAGCAAGAAGAAAAAAGGAAGGAGAAAAAAAACAAAUUUGAAAAAAAAAUGACAAAGCAACACAAAAAAAACGGCAAAAUUGCAACUGCAAACAAACAAGGAAAAGUAGUAGUUCAAAUUGGAUAAGCAUAUUCCUACUUAUAGUUGUAUUGUUAUGCAUGAAAUUGUAAAGAGAGACAGAGAGAGAAAGGUAGAAAGAGGAAGUCGAAACAGUGCAUUCUUACACCUGCUCUUUGGAAACAUUGGUUUAGGAGAGGGGAGCAGCAACACAUCACCGAUAGAUUUAUUCCUGUAACAUGGAAGAGUAAUUAGUACUGUAAGUGUAAAUGCAUUGUGCAUGUGUGGUGUUUUCAUAAAGCGCGCAAAAAAAAAACACACAUACACAUAUGCACUAAAUAAGGGAAAAAAUGAAUGCGUAGAAAUGCCGUACAAGCAACAAGCAUGCAUGAGAUAUAUGCAGCCUUGUGGAGGAAGGAAGAUGCAUUUGUUUCCACGGCAGCAGCAGCAGCAGCAGCAUCACAGUGUCCGUCUGUUGCGUGCUGAUGUUAGCAAUGAAGCCAGCGUAGUGUACUAGAUUGCGCCACAGGAACGUGGUUUAGGCAUGCGCAUUGUUGCUGCUCCUAGUAGCGUAUUAGUAGCAAACUGCACGCGUUGUUCUCGUUUUAGUUUUCAACCGCUUUGCAAAGCAACAACAAGAAAAAGAACAACAACAUGAUUUGUGUGUCUGACUGAGUUCCGGCAAAUCCUUUUCGCCGCGAUGGCGCCUCUCGUUAAGCGUUUAAUUAUUAUUAUUUUUAAAAAUUUCUUAGAACCCUCCAAACGCGUGUACAUGAACUGAGCAAGAGAGAGAGAGAGAGAUAGAGCAGUGGAUGUUUUAUGAAUUAGUUUUACUUUAUCAUAUCAUAUCAAUCUUUUUUUUUGCCGCAUUCGCUGCCCGGCGGGUCUCGCCCAUCGGUCCCCGGUGUGUCUGCCGGUGUGAGUGGAAACCUAUUUUAUGCUUAUUUUAUUACAAGUUUUAUGCUAACUUAUACAAAACUGUGUAGGAUUAGUUGUGUAUGGUUUGAGCAGCAUCUUUAUCAUUAUUGCACCCCAUACUGUAGAUGAAGCAAAAAAAAAACUCGCGAACCCCCAACACACGGUGUUUUAUACUAGUUACUCAGUGGUAGUACUUUCUUCCGAUGUUUGCGCCUUCCCCUCCCCCCCGAACCGCCAAUCAUUAUCACGCCACGUGGCAUUCACGUGCUAUUGGAAAGUAUUUUCGGCUACCAUUACUACUGUACCAUGUUUUUUUUUGUUUGUUUAAUUGUAUCAUGCCAGGUUUAGUCUUAUCUGAUUUCUUUUUAAAUAUGUUGCCCCGCCUUCCUUCAUGCGCUUUCUUCGCGACAACCGCUUCCUAAAAUAAAAGCGACGGCCAACAAUGAGACACGUUGCAGGUGCAAUUAGCUUACGUUUAUUGUUUUUUUUAACGCACUUUGCUCCGAAUCGAUGGUGGUGUGAAUGCAAAAGCAAGCAAACUAACGAUGAUGAUGAUGAUGAUGAUGCAAAGGGAAAGGAUUAUUCUAUAGUAUGCGUAAUAGAGUAGAGAGAGAGAGAGAGAAAGCUAGAGCAAGUAAAUGAUGAAUGAUGAUUAUGACACAUCCUCCUAGAGCAGCCCGCCCACAUGUAAUGAUUGUGAAGAAAAGUAAAACAAAACAAAACGAAAAAAGGUCCGUAUGGAUCCGUUUUGCCGCUUUGUAAUAACUCGAAACAAAACUUAGUUUAUCCGUUAAAGCAAACAAAAAUACCACACAUGUAAGAAGCAUACAUGCAAAUACAAGCAAACCGAAUGUAACAGUCGAAUUAGUGCAACUAGUAAAAAACCGCCCCCCCCAUUACAUCUAUCUACAAUCAGAUCAAAUCACAAUGCAAACACAAACACACACACCCACACCUGCACUGUGUGUGCACUGGCAGGUGUGGAGAAAAUUUCAUAAGCAUCAUUAAUUUAUUAUUAUAUUUAUUAUUGUACUUGUAAUAAGAUAUUUAACCGACACCCCUCACCCACCCCACAUAUGGCGCAAAAAUACACACUAGAGGGGAAACAAGAGAUUAAAGGCAAGUGAAGGAAGGCGCACGUAACGCAAAAAAAACGCACGGCGGUGUUAACAAGCGACGUCUCUCAGCACAUUGUGGCAAAGAAGGAACUAACUCUGCGUGCGUUAAAGAGAAAAAGAGGGAGAGAGAAACAACAACCAGUGAACACACAACUAAAUGAUCCAAAACGGUUAGAACAAAAUAGGAAUGUAAAGAAAAAUGAUAGAAUGGCAAAGUUGGAAUGGGAAAUUAAAGUAAAAUAAAUAUAAGAUUUAGAGAUUUAA